AUGAAGAUCUCAAGCACCCUCCCGCAGCAUCUAUCCUACAGAGAAGUGCUCGACCACUUUAUCUCCCUCAAACAGGAGACAGAUGUCCUCGGAGAGGCUAUCGCGCUCAAGAAGGCGAGGAAUAAGGCGCAGAUGAAGGAGCGCUUCCCGCUCGAGAGGGAUGACCCGGAGAAGCGGGACGAUCCGGCUCUGCUAGAGGAGAUAGCGGAGGAAGAGGAGGAGCAGCUGCAAAUCGCUGCUCGGAGAGGGGCGAGCGACGAGUUGGUUUGGAUAACGGACGAGGUGAUUGGGUAUCUCUGUUCAGAUCUUGUACCGACAUCACUGCAGACACUCGAGGGGAUAUCACAACUAGCCGACGAAUUACAAGAUCAUCAGCUCACGAAAGCCGAGGUGCUGCAGAUGUGCAAUCUGGCGCCCAGCGAGCCUGUGACUCUCUACUCUAUAAUAGAAGAAGCAGAUACCCGAUUCUACCCCGAUCCUGCAGCAAAGCUCGACGAAAUCGGAAACCAGAUCUACGCCACACUCCUCCCCACCCCUCCUGAAGAACUCCUCCCCUACAUGCCCGCGCUCGCUGAAGAGCAAGCCGGGGAAGGGUUUGAGCCAGGGUAUGUGGAGGGUGAUGCGGACGCAGAUAUGGAGAUGGCAAUGAUGGCGGAAGAGUAUGUGACGGAGACGGGGAGAGAAGGGGGUGUUGAUGAUGAUGCGGAUGAAGCGAUGGAUUAG